AGCUCACGUUUUCGCGUGUUGCCCCUUUAAAAUCAGAAUUCAAAGCCAAUGAUUUAUCAACCCCAUUAUAAGGAAAAUGUCACGGGAAGGGUACAGUGCUAUCCACUGACGCAGAGACCCGAUUUUUGCCACCGAGAUAUAGGAAGCUUUGCACGACCAAAUUCAGUCUGCCUGCCUGCCGUUCUUUCAGCUGUUUAUACCCCACGUUUGUUGACUCUGCACAAAUGGAUUUUUCUGAGCAAGGAGAAAUGUUAAAACAGCCACCGAACAAUAAUCUGCCUCAAUCUUCGGUUGGAGCUACCACUAACAAACCAGAGAAUGGCAACGUGGUGCCACAGCAGUCUGCAAACGAACGGAAAACUUUCUGUCCUCCCGAAAACAAACCUUGUGAGUUGGAUUCCAGUAAAGCCUAUGGGACGUUUAAAAACGUAACCCCUGGACCCACGUUUGCUUCGUCUGCUGUGCGCAAGGAAUCCGUAGGUAGAAUGGAUGGUUCGACCACUCACGGUAAAGCCACCUCGGACGCGAUGUCUAAUGACCAAGGUGCUGUAAGGAUCUCGGCGGAGCAUAAUAACACCACUAGUGAAUGGACCUCCAUGAGCCAGACCACCAUCUUACUGGGCGCAGAUGGUAAUACAUCUGUUCUGCCUGGCACGGUGACCGGGGAUGACGAUGAUGAUGAGGGGGGCGAUGAAAAUAAGGCCCGGGGAAACUGGUCCAACAAACUGGAUUUCAUUUUGUCUAUGGUGGGAUAUGCCGUAGGAUUGGGGAACGUAUGGAGAUUUCCAUAUCUUGCUUUUCAGAAUGGUGGAGGUGCGUUUUUGAUUCCUUACUUGAUAAUGUUAGGCCUCGCCGGUAUACCUAUAUUUUUGCUGGAGGUGUCGCUGGGUCAGUUUGCCAGCCAAGGUCCUGUUUCAGUAUGGAAAGCCAUUCCGGCUCUACAAGGUUGCGGGAUUGCCAUGCUGAUAAUAUCUGUCUUGAUAGCCAUAUACUAUAAUAUUAUUAUGUGCUGGACAUUGUACUACCUGUUCGCUUCGUUGAAGGAGACACUUCCAUGGGCCACCUGUACAAAUGAAUGGAACACCAUCGGGUGCAAAGACAAAGACAUGCUGCUUUUGGACUCGUGUAUACUAAGGGAAAGAAACAUUACAUCAAUCAAGAACACAACAUUUUGUUUAUCUGCAAAUGCUGUCGGGAAUUUAAGUAAACUAUUGAAUGCCACAACAGAAAAUAAAACCUAUGUCAGCCCUAGUGAGGAGUAUUUCAAAUAUAAUGUGUUGCAUUUUUCAAAGGGUAUUGAAUACCCAGGAGACAUCCGUUGGCCCUUGGCAGCUUGCCUUUUUCUGGCAUGGCUUAUUGUCUAUGCCUCUUUGGCUAAAGGGAUCAAGUCUUCAGGGAAGGUGGUGUAUUUUACUGCCACUUUUCCUUAUGUGGUGUUGGUCAUCCUGUUGAUCAGAGGGGUCACUCUACCUGGGGCCAGUUCUGGUAUUCUUUACUUCAUAACACCCAAAUGGGAAAAACUCAGUGAUGCAAAGGUGUGGAAAGAUGCUGCUACACAGAUUUUCUUCUCUCUGUCUGCAGGUUGGGGUGGUCUAAUAACCCUCUCAUCUUACAACAAGUUUCAUAACAAUUGUUACAGGGAUACUCUCAUUGUCACGUGUACUAACAGUGCAACCAGUAUAUUUGCUGGUUUUGUCAUUUUUUCAGUAAUUGGCUUCAUGGCUCAUGAGCUCAAAGUUCCAAUUGAGAAGGUGGCAGACGAAGGUCCAGGCAUAGCAUUUGUGGUGUACCCAGAGGCUCUGACCAGACUGCCCUUGUCACCAUUCUGGGCAAUUAUCUUCUUUCUCAUGCUGCUUACACUUGGCCUGGACACUAUGUUUGCCACCAUAGAAACUAUAGUGACUUCGGUUUCUGAUGAGUUCCCCAAGUACCUGCGCAAACACAAGCCUCUGUUCACUUUGGUUUGCUGUUUGUCCUUUUUUGUGCUGGGCUUCCCCAUGAUCACUGAGAGUGGAAUGUACAUGCUUCAGCUGGUGGACACAUAUGCAGCCUCUUAUUCUUUGGUCAUCAUUGCAAUAUUUGAACUGAUUGGAGUCUCGUACAUUUAUGGUCUAAAAAGGUUUUGUGAGGACAUUGAGAUGAUGAUUGGGUUCCAGCCAAACAGGUUUUGGAGAAUCUGCUGGGCCUUUGUUACACCUACAAUUCUUACAUUCAUUUUGAUAAUUAGUCUGUACCAGUGGAAGGUGAUGACUUAUGAGAAUUACACAUAUCCAACUUGGUCUAUGGUACUGGGCUGGCUUAUGGUCAUUUGCUCUGUUAUAUGGAUUCCGAUUAUGUUUGUUAUCAAGAUGCACCUUGCACCCGGAUCAUUCGUUGAGCGCUUGAAGUUAGUAUGCUCUCCUCAGCCCGACUGGGGUCCGUUCCUGAUGAAACAUCGAGGUGAACGCUACAAGAACAUGAUUGACCCACUUGGUACAAACUCCCUCGGCCUCAAACUCCCCCCCAAAGAUUUCCAGCUAUCAGCCCAAUAUCAGUAGUCCCUUACUUCCCUGCGAGUGCAAAAUCUCCCACAGCCUACGAGGGUGAGACCUGUGCACACGUAAAACUUUUCCCCAUUCUACACGCCCCUUUUUCCUUAAUGUUUUCUUUUAGCCAUGGUCCCCUUCUUCUGGCACUUUGGAGGGUUUUUUUCAGGUGGAAAGCACAGACAACUUCCAAUGAUUUGUGUUGCUGUGUCUUUUUUCCUGAAUAAGAAUUAGUAUUCAGUGUGACAGUGGAGGUUUCUUGCACAUUCUGAUACACCAGUCACAGCUCAACCUUUUUCUCAGAGGCAAUAUGAUGAUGCUGUUGAUGCAAUAUUUGACUGCUUAUGCAUUACGCAGUGGUUGUUAUUUUUUCCAUGACAAAGUAACUGCUGAUAAAAAAAAAACAAUUGAAUAGGAGACUUAACUUUAUUUAUUGUCUAGUUGCUUGUCAUCUCUAAAUGUAGCAACAACUGCUGUGUAGUCCUCAAUGAACUUUUCUGGUAUAUUUCCUGGGCUUUCUAUCUGUGUCUACUUAUAGCCAUACCUUGUGCCUCAGACUUUCUCUGUCAAUAAAGUAUUCCAUAGUACAGUGCUAAUUAAACAAAUCAUACUACAUUGUGGAGGGACGUAAGCACCUUUGUAAAUUAUAAGAUAUUCUACUCUUUCUAACAAUUUACUAAUCUUGCAGAACUUUCUCUACAAAGUUACAGAAGUCAAACUCGUAUGUUCCUGCAGGUCAGAUUUGUGUCAUUCUUUAGUGAAGUCAAAAAGGUUAGCCAUGCAAAACUGGAACAAUACAUUGGUUGUUGAGUACUACUCUAAACACAGAAAAGUAAUAUUUAGAGUAUUCUUUCAAGUGUGUUAUAAUCUGUUCAUAUUUUUAUGAAGGGCACAUUUAUGGUGGAGUAUACAUAUGAAAAAUAGAGGAUAAAGACAGACGUGUGAUAUGCCUGGCCAAACAUGAGGUGAAAGAAGUACUGUUUCAUGUAAUAUUGUGAAAUUUUAGAAAAUAACUGUUAGUAUUGUUGACCCUCUGUAAUAUUUUAACAAUUUCUUCCAGAGGACAAAUAGAAUAGAAGAAUAGAAAAAAGCAAACUUUGUUCAUCCUAUGAUAUGUGUUUGGGGAUCAUGCUCCUUCAACAUUUUCCAUUGCUGUUUGUCGUCAUGAAACAGGGUCUCAGGAAUUACUCAGUUUCAUCAACCUUAUUAGAUGUUUAAUUAGAGUGUAUAGAAGCAUCAUAUGUAUUUUGUGAUUAAAUAUAUAGACAAAUCCCUUAUACAAUGUGUAAAAGUGCAAAUAAUGCCUUGAAUAUUAUACCAUAAUGUAUGUUGACAUCCCACAUUUAGAAACAUUGCAAGACAUCUGAAAUGUAAAUAUGGUUACUCUUGCAGUAUUUUUGUUGAGCUGAUCAGUCAAAGUUGACGAAACAUAUAAAAUAUUAAAAGCACAUUGCUCGAUCAUCAUACAAAAUAUGUAGGGCUUUUCAACCACAAUUAUACAUAAACGCUGGUAAAAAGGCUAAUUGUAGUUUUCAGCUAAAUGAUUAGCAAAAUGUGUAUUCAUCUGAUUUAUUACUACAAGUAAAGCCUGAGAGACACACUGCUCAGGCAAUGCCUGUAAUCCAGUACUAUUGAUACUAAGAAUAACUACUUUGCCUGGGAUAACUGAGUAAAGUGUUUUAAAAGCCAUGUAAUUUGCAGUUAUAGUAAUACAGUAUACUACACUAAUCAUACACUUAUUUAUAAGCAGUUACACAGAAAAAAUAUAUAUUCUUCAAUAUAACAUUGCCACAAAAGAGAUGUUGUUAAUUGUUUAGUCAGUCUCUCUGUGUACUAUAUGUAUUUGCUUUUGAGAAUGUGUGGAAUAUUGUGCAGCGCUAAUUGCUUCAAUUUAUAUCAACCAUUACAAAAAAAUACACAAGACACGAGAAGCAUUACUGCCUCUUAUGCAAACAGAAUGUCCCAAUGUAAUAGGGGUUUUGUAGCACAACAAUAUACAAAGCACAUAUUAACGUCUGAGUAUGAGUAGACAAUGUCUGGAUGAUCUGUGAUUAUGUGAUUAUUGUUGCAAUAUUUAAAGUUCUGCGUGGUCAUUUCAUUAGUCUGUGUUGCUGUACAUCUGUUCGAGAGAUAUUACUACAAACACUUUAUCUAACAAACAUUCAGUGAAAAACAAGUCUUGCAUGUAGUGUUUGUGUUGCUGUGGAUCAUUUGUCCAUGUAAACGUACCCCCUCUACACUCCUAUUCCUGUGUAUCUGCCCCACACUUAGAGUUUACCACCUUUUCCUACCUACAGGCGACACUGGGCAGUAGCCAACCAAAGAAGGAGAACUUCUCAAAGGUUCUAAAAAACCUUUAAUAAUUAUAUACAUAUAUACACAUACACGUAUACAUAUAUAUAUAUAUAUAUAUACACAUAUGGGAGUUAAAAUAUUAUUCUUUGUACUUAGGAGACUUAGGAGAGAUACUGCCACUCAUCCUUCAUUUAGUGGUCAUUUUUUAUGUGUGUCAAUAUAUGACAUCUUCAGGUAGCCUUUGGCCUUAUAGAUGUCCUCUGGUAAUAAACUAUUGUAUGUAUUUUAGAAUAAUGACACAGAGUAGCUUCCAAUCAGUCAUUAUGUGGUUACUCUAUAUUACAAUGUAUGUUGUGUCAUUUGGCACUUCACUGUGGACCUAUCAUAGCAUAGGUCAAAUUUCUUAUUAUUUGGAUAAUGUCAUGUAUCGCUGUGUUUUACAUGAGGUAAAUCUGCCUAUGUACACAGAUGUGUACCUCCAAAAUGGCAUACUUUGAUUUGA